UGACAUUACCGUGUAGAACCGCAGUAUUGAAGAUCAUUGUGUGAAGUACUGUAUGAUGUUUUGGUGAGGAUUUGGUAGGCAAAAGCUGUUAAAAAUCAAAAGGAAAAACAAGGUGAAACUUGUGAAACCAGCUUGGGCCUAGCCUAGUAAAGAAAAGAAAAAUGGAAAAGUCUUUGCUUGAUCAGCACGAAGCUUUUCACAAGAGGAAGUUAGCUGUUCCAGUGAUUGAGAAGAGGAAACCAAAAACAGAAGCAGGUUCUCAACCACCAACAAAGAAAAAAAGACCCAUCCCAGAUUUCAGAAAUGACCGGCACAAUAAAAACCGAGGUGCCAUCAGUGGCCAUGGUGGGUUCAACUACAAGAUGUUUCAAGGAACCUCUAAGAACAAGUUCAAGAUCUUGGCGAAUAUCAUCAACUUCAUGAGAGAUCGCUUUAAAAGAGGAUGUAACUACAGUCUAACCGUUGAUGAAAUACUGGACGAGACAAACAUGUUGGAUGUGUCAACUGCUAACAAAGCCUGGCUAACAAAUGAUGCAUUGCCAAAUAAUCCCAAGAUUACUGUUGAGGACGGCGGGUACAAGUACAAACCGAAAUUUAGUAUACGAGGAAAGAAGGAGUUGUUACGUCUGCUAGAUAAUCAUGAUCAACACGGGAAAGGAGGAAUCCUGCUUGAUGAAGUCAUUGAUAGCUUACCACAUGCUGAGAAAAAAAUUGAGGAUUUAGGUGAUCAGGUGAUCAUAGUUACAAGGCCAUUAGAUAAGAAGAAAGUGUUAUUUUAUAAUGACAAAGAUUGUCAGCUUGAAAUUGACGAAGAAUUCAAAAAGCUUUGGCGAAGCAUAGCAGUCGAUUCAAUAGACGAGAACAAAAUUGAUGAAUACUUAAAAAAGCAAGGUAUCACGUCCAUGCAGGACUCUGGUGUCAAGAAAUUUACUCCAGUACAGAAGAGAAGAAAAGGCGGAAAGAAGAGAAAGAUAAAACAACUGUUGAAUGAGCAUGUGGCAGACCAAUUAAAAGACUACACAGAAGACAACAAUGGACAAUGAUACUUGGAAGCUAUACACUCUUUGUACACAUAGACUAUGAGUUUUGAUUUGAUUUCAUUAAUCAAUUCCCAGCACCCAAAAACUACCAGAUGAAAUAUAUUUUAGAACUCUUCCUUUGGGACUGGACUGGACACCACAUUUUUUUUUUUUGCCAAGAAGUGAGGGAACCUAUGUAUCUUUUACUACUAUUGCCAACCUCUAUUCAAGGGACAUUCCGGUUAAGGGGACACUUUUUUGGCCCCAAAGACUGAGGGUCCCCUUAUAUGUUUUCUACUGUACAUAAAAAAAAUAAACCAGAAACAAAGUUAAAAUGCUGUGGAUUGUCAGAAGCGAACUAAAUCUCUGUUGAAGACUAUCUUUUAUUAAAAGUUAUAUUGUACAUGAAAAGAUAAAUAACUGAUUAAUUAUGAUUUCAAAUAUUAUUAUGUACUUGGUUAUGUAGUUAAGCUCAACUACUUUUGAGGAUGAAAUACUAUGUAAAUACUGUAAAACCUUGAAUAGAAGACCUGGCUUCUUUAGAUGGCCUUUUUUCAAGGUAUUUUUUUUUUAGAUGGGCUUCUUUUUGAGACAACUUUUGCAAAGUAAAAAGUGGGGCUUCUUUUUAAAAUGAAUGCUGUAAAUUUUGGAAUUAUUACUAUAAAAACAAUAGGAUUCCCGAAAACAUUUUUGAACCAUGAAAUGCUGUUAAAAUUAUUUCAUUCAAAUUUUUAUUUUGACAAUUUCUCUGAACUAUAAACUUAACUAGAUUUAUGAUACAAAAUCAACAAAAAUGUAAUUGAAACAGUAUUAUAUCUUCAUGAUUAAGAUUAAAGUGUCCAUAAAUGAUCAAUACAAACAAUUGUUAAUAGAUAUGUUUUCCUAAUAUUUGCACUUCAUUGUUUAUCUCAGUUUCUUUGAAAUUCAUGUACUGUACAGUUAGUGUACUGUUUACUAUCUUGAAAGGAAGCCAAUACUAUCGUUACUUCUUUUUGAGGUUCUUUUGCAAACUAAAGACAGGGGCUUCUUCUCGAGAUUUAGCCCACCAGGUUUCUGUUUGAGGUUUUACGGUAUGUAAAAAACCAAAGUGAAAAAUGUAAUCAUAAAAUCCAGUAUUCUGUCUAUUUUUUACCUGAAUGCCCCUUGAUAUUUUUUUUAUUACAUAUUAUAGGACUAUUUUUAUCACAUUCUUUGAAAAUACAGUAGGCCUAUGUAUAUUUUUUUUAUUAAUAAUUGUCCUAAUAUAUGAUACAGUCACAAUCAGGCAUUCUUAAAACAAACAUUUUUUUUUUUUUUUUUUGGUUUUUGAAUGACAACUUUGUGUAAAUUUUGUAAAUAAAUCUUAUCAUUCAAAUAUUUUAUUGCUUUGUUUUUUUGUUUUUUUUCGAUAGUAAUUAUUACCUCAUUGUUUAUUUUAAUAGAUAGAAUCAUGACAUGUGAUGACAUGCCAGCAAAAAUUAGUCUAGACUCCUUCGUGCUCUGUCAUUAUGACUAACAACAACAAGGCUACACAACUACGCUCUAUGUAAUUAAAUUAUAUUGUUUUGAGCUAAAUUACAAUGUUGGUUUCUUCCAGUUGAAAAUUAGCAUGAGUUGUAAAAUGUGUGCAAAUUGGCGAUCAAAUCAUAUAUUUGUACAAAAUAACUAUAUAUUCAGAAAGUCAUUGCAUGUAAAUUACAGCUAUAAUCAUAAAUAUUGCUUACAGACAUUGAACAAGAUACGAAAAUGAUUUUAAAAACAUGUACCAGUAAUUUUAAUUAAUAAUUUGUACCAGAAAUUUUACAUACUAAUAAAUUAGUCAUUUUAAUUUUAACAAUUAAAUUGUCUUAAAGGCCAGCAUCAGUCUAAAUAGAGUAUGCAAUAUUUUACUUGACAUUAGUUAAUGUUAAUUAAUAUUAAGUUUAUUUAUGAAAAUUAAAAUCAAUAUUAAUAAUAAUUAUAUUUAAUUAAAUUGUAAGUACGGUUUAAAUACAUAAAAAAAACAAGUAUGGAGAACAACCAUUUAAAAUUGUAAGCAUAAUUUAAUGACCUUAAAAUUUGAGAAAAGAGAAAUGUUUGAAUGUUUAAAUAGAAUCAAUAAAAACCAGAUUAUAGUAAAGGGCAUUCAAUAAAUAACCUAGAAAACAUGCAUAAAUAUUACCUUUUCUAUAUCUAUCUGUUGAUAUGGCUCAGGUCUUAAAUUGGCAGGUAGUCAACUUACUGUAAAUUGCCAGUAUUGAAGAGAGGCUUAUUAAAGAUUAUGUGAGGGAGAAGUAUUAUUUAGCUGGCAUAGGACUGAAUUGUUUAGUACCGUAUUAUGAAAAAAAAAAACGGUUGUUCAAAAUAAUAAUUUAGGCUUAUUUAUAAGUGUCGCCGUAGUGCGUUUUUGAGUAACACCUGCCCCUUUCACACAUUCACAAUUUUUGCAACGCACGAUUUUUCAAUUUUUGAAAAUCGCAGUGGCUUCGUACUAAAGCUUCUAGUCAAUCGUAAUUCACCGUAGUGCAUUAGGCUAGAUCUUCAUGCCAUCGUGAUUGAGCACAAUUUUUUUGGGAAUGUUAAAAAAAAAUCGUGCUCAACCGUAGCUGUGAAGUAAAUCUUGGUCUACCGCAGCAGCAUCGUGUGAGUGUCGUAACGUUGUCGUGACGGCGUCAGUGCAGUCAUACUCAUUCCCUAGUGGCCACAACACCUAGAGCAGCUAGCAGCUUGCAUAUAUUGCAGAUUUUUUAACAUGACGACGACAACAUGCAAAUAUUCGUUAAUUACACCUGUUUUGUCAUGUGAUUAGUUAAAUCAAACAGGUGUCUUGUUAAAUCGUAUUGACGUCGUGUUUUCGUCAUAGUGACGUCGUAAUACAGUCUUGGUAAUUCGUAGUACGUCGUGACAAACCUACGUAUCCUUAUAAUUUGUAACCAUGUCGUCGCACUAUCGCAUUAUGCCCCUUUCCCACAUUCACGAUUUUUGCUACGACAGAGCACGAUUUUUCAAUUUUGAAAAAUCGCAAUGGCGUCGUCGUAAAUGUCGUGGUCAAAAAUAAUUCAUCGUAUUGCAUCGUACUAGAUCUUGAUGUCAUCGUGAUGGAGCACGAUUUUUUUGGAAUAUUAAAAAAAAAUUGCGCUCAAUCGUAGCUGUGAAAAAGAUCUUGGUCUACCGCAGCGGCAUCGUGUGAGUGGCGUAACGUUGUCGUCGUUUGUCGUGACUGUGUCUUGUCUAUUCGUACUACCAACAACACAUACGACAAACCAAGACGUUGCUGCGGUGCUAAGACGAUUAGUUACGAUGCCAUUAGGAUACCAUCAAGACUGUGGUUUAUAUCACGUGGCUCUGGGUCGGAAAAGUUUUUCAACACACUGAACAAUUCCUUGCUCACUUAGAGAAAGUUUCUGAAGCCUCUUGGGUCUUCUUAUUUAACUCUACUAGAAGUGUUCAUACUGUCUAAAAUAUGGACGACGUAAGAGCCAUGGCUGUACCCAUACACUUCGUUUAGGCCUAUGCAUUCGACGUGACCGACGCUUACUCUUGAUUAUCAAAACUGUAGCAGCCAACAAAUUUUCUUCUUCUAUAGCAGCAGCUUUCAAAUAUUGAUGGUGUUUCAACAGUGCGUUUUUUGUCAUGUCAUGUGAUGUUUGUUUUUGUGAUGUGCGUCUUGUUAAAUCGUGCUAACGUCGUGCUUGCGUCUUUGUAAAAUCGUAGUGACGUUGAAUUAAAAUUUUGGUAAUUCGUAUUACGUCGUCACAAAUCGUAACUCUAUCGUUAUAAUUCGUCAAAAAAUGUCGUCGCACUAUCGCAAUAGUGCCGUAAUACAUCUUGACGGCGUCCUAGUAGCGUCUUGAUGAAACGUAAAACUUUAAAUUUUUGAGUACGAAUCACUACGAUCGUAGCGAAAAUCGUGAAUGUGGGAAAGGGGCAUUACUCCCGUAAUACAUUUUGACGGCGUUUUCAAAGCGUCUUGAAAAAGUAAGAUUCGAUUGAACUUGAAAUUUUUAGUAUGAAUCGCUACGAUAGAGCACGAUUUUAGAACUUUUAAAAAUCAUGGUCUAUCGUUUAAAAUAAAUAAAUGUGUGAAAGGGGAAAAACAUGUUCGGGGUGGGACAUAUUCGAGAAGGCUCCUAUAUUAUUCGAUAGAGUUGAAGUUUAUUUGAUCAUUUAAAGUUGAAGUUCUUUGUAGUAAACUCUGUAAAUAAAACUAUUUUUAUGA